UGUUUGUUAAUCUAGUAUUGGGUAACUUAACUUACCUUAGAUAUGUCACUACCUAAAACAUUGAACUAAACUACCAGUAAAAAGCUCAUCACAGUCAGUAACUAACCAAACAUUUUUAUCCGAAAAGAAACAAACAAAAAGUAAAAACCAAAACGAAUCGGAACUCAAUCCGCCGCAACAAAGUUGAAUCGAUAAGCGGUCUAAUAAUUAUUAUUAGUCGACGGCCUGAAAUUCAUGCACAAAGCGAGACCCGCAGGAAUAAUAACGACAAUUGUUGUGUUUACUGGAACGUAAACGCGGCCCCGGGGCUCCGGGGGCUGCGCUCGGUGGGGGCCGCAGGGCGGAGCUCCGGCUCGCUCAGUCCGCGCGCAACCACGCGCCCCAACGCACCUCUGACAUGUGACGCUAUGGAGGAAUGCGAUCUCACACAAUACCGCGACAUGAUCAUCGAGGGCGACUUGCCGCUCGACCUCCGGCCACCACCCAGGCUCUACCUGCCUCAUUACCUCCGGGAUGACAGGGAAGAAUAUCCUCAAGAUGACACUUACGUUUCUGUUGACGAAGACACGCCAGAUAUGCCGCCGCCGUCCAGCGACUCGGAACGCUACGAUGCCUCCAGCCCUAGUGACACAAAACCUUCAUCACCUAAGAAGUCUAAACAGAAAUCUUCGAGCCAACUCAUCAAGCCACCGUACUCCUACAUCGCUUUAAUAACAAUGGCAAUUCUCCAGUCUCCACACAAGAAACUGACGCUUAGUGGAAUUUGUGAGUUCAUCAUGACCAGAUUCCCGUAUUAUCGUGAAAAGUUCCCCGCUUGGCAGAAUUCUAUCAGACAUAAUUUGAGUUUGAACGACUGUUUCAUAAAAAUUCCUCGAGAGCCAGGGAAUCCGGGGAAAGGGAACUACUGGACGUUGGAUCCCUUGGCGGAGGACAUGUUUGAUAAUGGGAGUUUUUUGAGGCGACGGAAGCGUUACAAGCGGCCUACGCCGUCGCUGCAGCAUGCCCAUGCAGUAGUAGCGAUGCUGGCGAGGGAAGCUUACGCCCCGUUGCUGCCCCUGCCUUGUUAUCUUCCUCCAACACCGCUGUUGUCGCUGCCGCGCCCGCCGCCGGCGGCGCUGCGGCCCGUGCCGCUCCCGCCGCGAGUCUCCGAGACCACUGAGCCCAGAUCCAAGCGAUCCCGCAACGGGUUCUCCAUUGAAUCCAUAAUAGGAUCUCAAGAGGAAUCCGAGCCGCGGCGGAGUGCCUUCAGCCCGCUGUACCAGGGCAGCGGGCCGCCGGACGACUGGAGAUGAGCCUUCUUUGUCGAUCCGUUCUAGACGUCGGUUCAAGUGACUUUCGAGACUGUGUUCUUUAGUGGUGUUUGUACAUUAUCUGUAAAGACGGGUAUGUUUUGUGUGCUGAUUAGAAAUUGACGCUAUUAUUGCUAUUGUGUUCUUAUUGGUUCUUGUGCUGCUGAGUUCAGUAAAACAGUAACAAAUAGUAGACCGUCCACUAAAAUUGAAAAGCGCUAAUUAAGUUAAAAAUAGUAAUUGCAGCGGCGGUUUAUUAUUUUCCAAAGCCGUCGGUUACUAAUACUGCUGUUAUUUCGUAUCUCGUCCGUGUCAAGCAAAUAAUAAUUAUAGUCAGAGAUUUAAUAACAACUACCAAUAAUAUCUACGAGUAAUUAAGAAUUAACCUGUAAAUAAUUGUGCCAAAUAUUAAUUUUAAUUUCCUUGCGUUGUGAUUUAUUUGCCAAAAUAAUCUGAAUCAACUCCUAUAAUACUAAAGGUGCCUAUUUUUGUUAAUAUUAGUUUAUUUAUAUAAAUAAGUUAAUAAAAUCUAGUCAUUCUAUGUACAAAGUAGUUUCGUAAAGUCUUUUCCUAUGUAAAUAUUUUUAACUUGACUUUAUAAGUAGGUACGCAAUAUUUAGUGUAGAUAAAGUAGGUAAAUGCCUACUUUUCUGGUACAUCGCCGAACCACUUGUAUUUAUGAUAAUUCAUAACUGUAGUAUAUUUUGUGUAACUAAUUCGUUUCUAAGAUAUGAAAUAUAAAAUAAUAUGACCGAUA